UGUAACUAACAAUAUGUUCAUAUGUUAGCUAAUUUACACUAAGUUACAAAACAAUAUUCAUUUUCUUUUGUGUUACAACGUGUAUCUAGUUUAUAUCGCUAACCACCCAGCUACAUUCGGCUAAUAUUUAAGGCCAAACUAGAGGAUAUGCAAAGGGUCAGGCACGUUGAUAGUAAAUUUGCCCGGCAUACAUUAUUUUUACAUUUACGGUUCUCUGGUACGUUUAAUUAUAAAUCAGAACUCUAUAGCUACCUUUAUGUAGUAAUUCGUGCAUGACAGAAUUAGGUCUAAUUGCAAUAUCAAGUAAACUUUAGCUACAGGUAUUAUCUUUAAUCUAGCACCAUCGUUCCAUCGUUUGAUUAGGUCUGAACACGCAAGGAAAACCUCCGAAUUUGAAACUAUUCUAGCUAGCAAGCUACAGCCAGCCAACAUGAUCAGUGCACCUCGAAUAUUUCUUCUUAAAUUAGCCCUUUUAUUUAUUUUCUGCCAUCGUUCUGAAGGGAUUUACGGAUAUUCGCAUGCAGAUUGCACAUAUCUAAAAGCAAAUGAAAAUUCAACGCAUUUUGGCGGCAGAUGUUUCUGCUACAGCUCCGGAACAGUGAUUAAAUGGAAAGAUAUAUGGUCCUCAUUCCAGGUACAUGUAAUAGGUGAGGAUGGAGUUCACCUUGUGUACCCUAUGGAAACACGGAACUGUCGUGAGCCGGAGGACGUCAUCACGCUGGCCAAGUGUUUAUUUGAUCACUAUUGGCCAUCCAGCUCGACUGGAGAGAAAAGCCUGGACAUUCCCCUCGUCGACCAGGACGUUUGUUUCAUGGUUAAGUCGAAAAGGGCCAGCGUUCAGUACACCCUUCAAGUCUCUGGCAAAAGACUUAACAGAGUAAACUUCAGCCUGUUUAUAACCGGACUCGCCCUUUUCUACUUCGCUGGGGCACUUUGCAGGAGUUCCCUGUUCUACUACAGUGCAGGAGUUUCACUGGGCGUGAUUUCAAUAUUCAUUUUUCUCCUUUUUGUUCUGAAACAUUUCAUACCAAAGAGGGGAGUGUUUCUGAUGCUGUUUGGCGCAAGCUCUAGCCUGUCCUACCUGGGGUUCCAGCAGCUGCUGGCAAACUGGGAAGAAGUCAUGUCUAUGUACUGGAGAGAAGUUCUGGGCUACCUACUGGUGUCAGGUUUCAUCAGCUUUGCGGUCUGCUACAAGCGCGGCCCAAUCACAGACGAGCGAACUCUGGCCCUCGCGACCUGGGUGCUGCAGAUCGUCGCCAUGGCGAUGAUGUAUCACGGCAUCACUUACCCCACGGCGGCCUACGUUGUGCUGGCGGGUCUGCUGGGGCUCAAAUGCCUCCCAUAUCUAUACGGCCUCCUGCUGGCCACCUGCAGACAAACCGGCCAGGUCCUCCGCUCGGGCGUGGGCGUGUUGAGGAAGCCGCGCUGGUGGCGGAAGCCCCGGGUUCGACUCCUGACCGAGGAGGAGUACAGGGAGCAGGGGGAGGUGCACACCAGGGCCUCCCUGGAGGCGCUGAGGGAGCACUGCACCAGCGCAGACUUCCCCGCCUGGGACACGGUCCUGAGACUGCGCGCCCCCCAAAGGUUCGCCGGCUUCCUGCGGGGGGGCUCCCACCUCACCCCCCAGGAGUCGCAGACGCACGACCAGCAGUACGGGCUGGGGGGGGCCUAUUACGAGGGCAUGAUCUUCCCCGGCCAGGGCCGGGGUCCGCCGGCGGGCAGAGGGGCCCCUCAGCAAGGGGCCGGAGACGACCUGAGCGAGGAGGAGCAGGAGUACUACGAGCCCACCCAAGCCUUCCCCCCGCCCGCCCCUCUCCGUAGCCCCACGCCUCUCCGUAGCCUUGCCCCCUCUCUACCGGCCAGGAGCGCCAUCCCUCUCCCUCCUGCCUACACCCCCCCUGCCUGCCCCUACCCCGCCCUCCCCUACUCCCCCCACUCAGACGCCACGGCCACCGAAGACCUGGAGCUCUUCUGAGAGCAGCCUUUCCACACCUCUGCAGACGCACUGUGGAUGAAUCGGUUCUCCUCUGCGGGAACGGCAGCUAGGCGUGCAGUUGACACUUGGUAAUCGCGUGCCAAAAACAACUUCAUAAUCCCGUCACAGCGAAUAGCGUGCAGCUGGUUUCGCUUUCUUCCCCCACUCUCUUUUAGCAGAGGUGGAAAAUCCAGGGGUGUUUCAAUCCCAAGAAUGCAAAGUCUGGAAGUCUGUUCUUGUGGAGUAUGCUCUUAUGGGAGACGCACUUCCAGAUACUAGUUUUAUGCUUUUGUGAUGCAGUGCGUGCUGUAACACUACCACUACCAAACAGGCAGUUACUGAACUUGCCUUGGCGCCCCAUUACAACAGAGGCUAGUAACUGGCUACAAGUUAGCCCAGCUGAUAAACUUUAGCUAAUACCCUAGCUAUAUUUAAAACAAGAUAAAAUUCAGCAAUUAUAACACAUAUUUCUUGCCUCAUUUUAAUUCUUAGAAAGAUUUUGGCAAUGUUUAUUGCUGAAAUGAGAUGAAGUCGCACAAUGAAUGGUGGGAUGUAAUGUCCGUUCUCCUUGGGCAAGGAUUCAUUUGAUGCAUUAUUGGUUUUUGAACAGGACUUGAGCUGUUAAAUAUGAUGUCACACAAGUUCACGAGACUGCAAGAACAGACAAGUACAGACUGAGAAACACCUCAGGUCCGAGUUCAAGUAAAAGUUCUCCCCAAUAUUUUGUUCCAGUCUUGGAUUUUCAAUUUGGCACAAUUCUUCAGCCAGGAGGUAGAACUAAUUGGCUGUAUUAAUGGGCGGAAGAAACACACGGCAGGACUUUAUAACACUCUGACCCCUGGACCUUCCACCUCUGGUCUUAGGUCACUGCUGUUAGAUUGACAUUGUAGCGGUUGUUUUUGCAUGCAGUUACCAGGAAUCAGCAGUACGCAGCCAUCAGAAACACUUGCCAAAUGGCAGCCAGAGUGUGUGGGCCAGGGGCUGGGUCAGAGUGGAACAUUUUGUUUUAAUCGAUGACAUCCGCAUUCAGCUGAGCAGGGAUCCUGCACUCACAUUCUGGAGGGUCGAUGUGUUGCCACACUUAAGUUAUUCAUGUAAAGCAGGGGUGCACAACAAGGGCCGAUCCGUUUCAGGAUUUUGUGCCAACUUCUGGUCUUAAUGGUUUAAUUGGCUCAAUCAUAUUUUAUCUGGGGGUGGCACGGAUGGUGCAGUGGGUAGCACUGCCGCCUCACAGCAAGGAGGUCCUGGGUUCGAAUCCCCGUCGGCCGGGGCCUCUCUGUGCGGAGUUUGCAUGUUCUCCCCGUGUCUGCGUGGGUUUCCUCCGGGUACUCCGGUUUCCUCCCACAGUCCAAAGACAUGCACGUUAGGCUGAUUGGAGAGUCUAAAUUGCCCGUAGGUAUGAGUGUGUGAGUGAAUGGUGUGUGUGCCCUGCGAUAGACUGGCGACCUGUCCAGGGUGUAUUCCUGCCUUUCGCCCAAUGUAUGCUGGGAUAGGCUCCAGCCCCCCUGCGACCCUGAUCAGGAUAAGCGGGUUCAGAUAAUGGAUGGAUGGAUGGAUAUUUUAUCUGACAUGUGUGAGUUCUGGCUACAGCUACAGACUGCAAGUGCAUCAUAAUGAUUUUACACAGCUCAAGUAAAGGCUUGAACCAGGGUCAUUAAUAGAGCUGUCAGCAAAUUAUAAACAAAGCAAUUGGUUGGAACAAAAACCAGUAUGCCCUCGAGGACCGAAGUUGUGCAUCCCUGAUUUAAAGUCAUUGAUUGGCUAAAGGGUCCACAUAUCUGGAUUCAAAGGCCUAAAUUGGCUACUUAUUGACAGGAAACCAAAAAAAGAAACAAAUCCUGCACACGGCAACCCUCCAGGGUGGGAGUGAGAGACCACUGCUCGAGAACAUUUUAGUUCAUCAUGACUGGGUCAAAUCACAAAGGUAACCAUGUUUUGGUUUUUACAUUUCUAAUAAUGCAGAAUGGAAAUCUUAUUGCCAUUUAAAAAGGCCAGUGACUCUUACUUGGUUUACAGCAGAGAACACGUUUAAAAUGCCUGGUCAUUGGACAGCCUGUUCUUUUUGCUGUCCAGUUUAGUCUACUGUUCUCUGCUGCCCUCUAGUGUCACACUCAGGAAUGAGCCAACCAACAUCAUAGGACAUGCUGUGUACUGAUGAUUUAUUGUAUUAUUUAAAAUGUAUUUUUAAAGAGUUUUUAAAAACUAUUUUCAUAUACCCUCUUGGGUAAGACUAAUUAAAUGGGUCUUUUGCUGUGUUUUUAAAAAGUAUUUUUGUAAAUGCCAGUAUAAUAUUCAGACCCAUAAUGGAUACAUAUCAAAGCUGCCACGCAGACUCUGGGGUUAAUAAAACAGGACUUGGUUGUA